CACUAUGUGGCAGCGGGGGAGGGGAGGGAAAGAGCUCGGCCGCAUUCGGGGCCGCCUGCGCUCAUCAAACGCUUCUCAUUGAACACACAGUAAGGCAGAGCUGGAGUGGAAAUAUUCUUUAUGCCGCAAUAUGCGUGAAUUUCUAUAAUAAACCCGGGGUUGCUGAAGCCCUUCCAAAGGAGGUCUGGAUCAGUACCCAUCUGCGCGGGCCCUGAGUGGCCUGGCACGACCCAUCGGGGCAUCGGGGGGAACCAUAUUACAUGCCAGCGGCUUUUGUUUUUUUUUGACUGCCCCCUUUAGGUUUAUCCCCCCUCUCCCUUUCCCCUAGUACUCUUUCAUUCAUCCGAAAGAGUAAGAGGAUAUUUUCACCCUAGUGUGGCAGCCGGGCUGCUCCCCCACACACCGAUGAAUGAAGACCCCAUUCGGGAAGAACGCGGCCCAGAGAUCCAGAGCUGAUGCAGGGCAUCCUGGAGUCUCUGCAAAUAUGAUGAAGAAAAAGAAUUCUCAUAAGAAACACAAGACCAGUGUAGGGCCCACCAAAGCAGUGGCUCAGCCCAGGCGUAACAUCGUGGGCUGCCGUAUCCAGCACAUCUGGAAGGAGGGCAGCGGCGCGGCGUCGCAGUGGAAGGGGACCGUGUUAGACCAGGUGCCCGUCAACCCCUCGCUCUACCUGAUUAAAUAUGACGGCUUUGACUGCGUUUACGGCCUGGAGCUGCAUAAAGACGAGAGGGUGCAAGGACUCGAGGUUUUGCCAGACAGACAAGCCUCGACACGCAUCAGCGACGCCCACCUGGCCGACACCAUGAUCGGCAAAGCUGUGGAGCACAUGUUCGAGACGGAGGACGGCACUAAGAACGAGUGGAGGGGAAUGGUUCUGGCCCGGGCGCCCAUCAUGAACACGUGGUUUUACAUCACGUAUGAGAAAGACCCUGUGCUCUACAUGUAUCAGCUGCUCGACGACUAUAAAGACGGAGAUCUGAGGAUCAUGCCAGACUCUAACGACUCGCCCCCUGCGGAGCGUGAGCCCGGAGAGGUCGUGGACAGCCUCGUGGGGAAGCAGGUGGAAUAUGCCAAAGAGGACGGCUCUAAACGAACUGGCAUGGUUAUUCAUCAGGUGGAAGCCAAGCCCUCCGUCUACUUCAUCAAGUUUGAUGACGACUUUCACAUUUACGUCUAUGACCUGGUGAAAACAUCGUAGGCAGCGACACGCCCCGCGGGACGUGGAGAAGGGGUGGAGUUUCACGUAACCAUGUGAUUCACACAAACGUUUUUGCCAAAAGUUCUUUCAAAACAUUUCUCGUAACAUCUCUGGAAAUGGAAUGGUGGAUUACCACUAGUCAAGUGUCUCUUAUUGUUGUAGGAUGAACGGACAUCACAUCCCCCGACGUACACGUAGCUUCAUAUUUCAGACGAGCAUUUCCCAUUCCUUCGUCAUUGCGAAGGCGCGACGUCACGUUCACCGGGAAAAGCCCGGAGGUAGCGUCUGGCCGUUAGGGUAACUACGUUCUGGGCUGCAUCGGACGUUAAAGCGUACAUCUGUUGGACUGUUACAGCUCCGAAAUUCAAGCUAUCCUGGGAGGUGUUUAUCAUUUCAGAUGUGAGAAACACAGCCGCCCGUGAAGGAUGUGGAGCGAGAAAAGUGUGCAUAAAAGUGCCAGGAGGUGGAGGCAGAAAGUGCCCUGGGAAAAUGUUCCCGUUUUGUCUGUAAACAAGAAAUCCCGCUGUCCUUGAUAUCUUCGCAGUUUUAACCCUCAUGCACUCACCCUCGCCAGAAUUGCGCACACGAGCUCUGCUGUCAUUUGUGUGAAAUGAAACCCCACGACAUGCUUUUAUGUAUUUUGUUUCCUACUUUUUAUUUUAUAUAUAUAUAUAUACGUAUACAUAUAAACGUUUAUCAUCAAAAUUCUAAUGCAGCUUUUAUUAUCUCGAGCACUAAUUUAGAAGAAAUCAGAGACUUGUUUUGGUCCCGUUUUGUUUUCAGUGAAUUAGCACUUCUUUGGGGGGGCGUAAUGAUGACAAACCGUUAACAUUUCACUUUUGGGCUUCAUUAAACGUAAAAAAAAGCUGCCCACUUAUCAUCUAUGAGAUUGCAUAGUGUGGACAUUUUCUCUUGGGUAUUAUCAUUGUUACGGUGUAGAGAAAUGGGUUUGUUUUAGCACACGAUUUUGUCUUUUUAGCGCGCUAAUAAUCGUACGGUUACCCGAUGCCCCAAAGUAUUUAGUGAUGUUACAAAAACUAAUCGCACAAAGUAUUUAAUCCCAUACCAGUUAGAAAAAUGCUGAUGCAAUAAUGAAGAAAGUAUUCAGGAAAUGUUUUGCAAACCAUACACCCUGUGACUUUUGCGUUAUUUUUUCUUUAAUCGCUUUGCCUCUCUGCGAGCCUAAAAUGUUUGUGCCUCGAUAUUGACUGUCUGGUUCCAGUAUCGUUUUUUUUUUUUUUUUUUUUUUUUACAUGUGUGUUUUGUCUGGAGGUUUGUCUGUUCCCAUUAGACUUGUAAUUGACUCGAAGGCCCCCUCCGAGGAAUGUUACUAUGUUUGAAGAAGCCCUCUCAGCUACAUGUGUUCUGCAUUAUUUCAACAUUUUGUGCUGCUCCGUUUCUUCUUUCAGUUUGAACACUUCACACUCGGCCGCUCCAGAGACAUCGAGCUUUUCUCUUGUCCUCAAGCGGACGGGUUGCAGAGAUCCGCUGUUCUGCAUUUGAUGUGCAACACUAAGAAGGGUGACACCAAGAAAUGCUCAGGUCAUAUUUCACUCCGAAAUCAAACGAAACAAAGAAAUAGACAUUGUAAUGUGCAAAUGAAAUUGCUUUUAUUUUCAUGACAUUUAAACACUUUGAAAUUCUCAUUCUCUAAUGUGAGCAAACCUUUACUGUAAUGCAUUAAUACUGUAAUAAGGCACACUGACUCUUUAUCAGCAUAAAUCUAAAUCUUUCCAUGAAGUGUGAAUACUUUAAAUCAUUAUUUUGAGGUUGAGUUUAAAAGUGUAAAUUGUCAUGAAGAUGUAAAUACAAUUGCAAUUUUGGCUACAUAGUGUGUGUGUGUAUAUAUAUAUAUAUAUAUAUAUAUAUAUAUACACAUAUGUAAACAAAAACAAAAAAAAGGUUAGAUGCGAUUAAUCGAUUUGCCAACAAUUGUCAUGCAAAUGUAAAAAAAAAUGUAUUAAAAAAAAUUAUAUAUAUAUAUAAUUAUAUAAAUAUAUAUAUAUAUAUAUAUAUAUUUAUGUAUAUAUUUAAUAUUUUAAUAUAUUUUUUUGACAUUUGCAUGACAAUUUUAUAUAUAUAAUAUAUAUAUAUAUAUAUAUAUAUAUAUAUAAAUGAUUUUCAGGUGAAAUGUGACCUAGACAUUUCUUGCUGCUUUUCAUAAGAUUCACCCAGCAAAGUGCAUAAAGAUAUUUUUGAUUCUCCAUGUUUUGACCUUGAAACCUUAAUGCAGGCGACACGCUCGGCUGGGCAAAAAAAAGCUGCGGCGCUCAACAAAUGUAGUGACCUUAACGCAGGGGUAAAGUGUUGUCCUGGGACUGUUCUACUUUUCCUUCUCAAACGAGAGCUAGGUCACUAUUUCGAGGCGUACGGGGUCCUCUCUGCAGCUCGCUACUCACUAGAGUUGUGUCUUAUUCAAAUGGACAACGGACGUGUCAAUAUGCAAACGCAAACCCUCAGAAAAGACAUGCUCAUGGGAUUGGCCUUUUACAUGUACCUACUGUAGUAAUGUACUGUGUUUUGGUGUCAGGUCGACGUGGGAAAUUUACAACGGAGAAAAAAGAAAAAACACGACGAAAACUAGACCGUUCUUUUUGCAUGAUAUGAGUAGAGUUGUUCUCGUAUGUUAGUGUGAUGCAUGUGUACCUGUCUUUUUAUUUCGGCUAUUUGUUCCCUAAAUGAAAGGUUCUGUUUAUUGUGUUGCUAAUUGUGACGUUUCGGUUCUGGUUUUGAAUCCAUUUCUAAGUAAAAACAAUAAGUAUUUUUAUUUUCUGCUAUGCUCUAGAAGAACAAAUGCACUGGUGUUGUGUGUGGCGUGCCAAUCGAAGGCAAGGUACCGGUGUUAAACAGCAUUUGAGGGAUCAUAUCCUUUUGACACAGUACCACCGUUCUGCUACAGGACAAAUUUAUUUGUUUCUAUGAAGAGUGCCAUAUUUAACAAAGAAACAGGCCUUAUGCGAUCGGGACGAAAUCAAAAACGAAUCUAAUAUGUAGAGCGAGCUAACGUGUGCAUAUCACAUAUCUAAUUCAACCUUGUAGAUAUAGAAUUAGAGGAAAUGCACACUUUAAACUACGUGGAGAGAAUCGAACGUAUGGUCCCUUUAAGAUGCUGUUGCUCUUUAAUUACUUUGUAUAAAAAAAAGAAAAGAAUGGACAAAAAUGCAGUGCAAUUUGAUGAUUGUUGCAGAUACAUGUAUAGUUCAAAUUUCAUGUUCUUUCACAUAUAGGUAAAUGGCUUCUAUUGGACUGAAUCUGUUUUUUUUUUUCUCUUUUUUUAACAUGUAGAUAGUUCAUUUUAUUUUCAUUUAAGUAUAAACACAUUUUAAAACCUGUUACUUAAUUCAUUAAGUAAUUUUUAUAAUUAUUAUGUAAGUCUAUCCUUAUAAGAUUAAAAAAGUUCAUGUGAA